AUGGAGGAACAAUUCAAAGCAGUGUUAGAAAGACUCCAGCGCUUGGAGGACGAGAACACGCAGCUGAAGGAGCAGCUCAAGAAGAACGAGGACGACGAGGCCAGGAAGAAGGAGGCCGACGACGCCAAGAAGAGCGAGGCCGCAGCUCGUGCGAGAGCUACCCCGCUGGUCCCGACCAGCGUGGACACCAAGCUGAUCAACAAGCCAGGCGAGUUCAGUGGGAAGGAAGCGGACUGGCGGAGGUGGUCUGUGACCAUGCGGGCCUACCUCGGAGCGGUGUCCGGCCGGAUGCUGGAGCUCAUCCGGAAAGCCGAGAACUUCGACGAGAGCCUCGACAGGGUGGACUUGGACCCGGGCGACGACCAGCUGGACGCACAGUUGUACUUCAUCCUGACCAUGUUGCUCAAGGAGAACAUGAUGGAGAAGCUAGAGACCGUCGAGUACGGAGAAGGUCUCCUACUGUGGAGGCUCCUGAUGGCGGAGUUCGAGCCGAAGUUCGCGUCUCGCAAGAUGGCCCUGCAGCAGGCGUACCUCAACUUCACCUUCAACAAGGACGAGGACCCGCGGAAGGGCAUCGACAGGCUCGAGACGCAGAUCCGCCAGUACCAGGCCGCCACCAAGAAGACCGUCGACGACGACACCCGGACCGGCGUGCUGCUGAAGGCGCUGGCCGCCGGCAGCGAGUUGCAGAAGAAGCUGGGCGACCACCUCGUUCUCAACGCGUACCGCGUGGACACCUUCAUCGAGAUGAAGAGGGAGAUCCAGGAGUACCUCGGAGUCAAGCAGUGGCUCGUCCCCGGCGGUUCGGCGGAAGUCCUGGCCGUGGGAGCCGGCGGUAAAACUAGCCAGAAGGGCCAGGUGAAGGGCGAGCUCAAGAUCAAGUUCGCCGGAGCGCCAGGAUCGUCCACCGACAGAGACCCGAGCAGGAAGAGGCAGAGGGUGGACAUCGCUGCGAUCGAGGAGCAGCUGCGGGCGCUCAGCCUGAACAUCGGCGCGCUGAAGGACCAGGACUGCGGGAGCGUGGAGCUGUGCCAGGUUUCCGAGCAGAAGGUCGGCAUGGUCCACGCCCAGACGACGACGAACCACGUCACGAUGGGCCUGGACAGCGGCGCGGAGGUCACGGCGUGGCCCCCGGAGCUCUUCCCGCAGGUGGCCACGGAGGAGAGUCCAGAAUCUCGUAGGGGAGUCAAGUACUUCGGACCCGGACCUCUGCUGGCGAUGUGCUCGAUGAUGGACGCCGGCCACGACCUGCAUUUCAAGCGCGGCGGCCGGUGCUACGCCAAGCACUGCAGGCAUGAGAUCGAUCACAUGCCCUAUGCUGCUUGGUGCCGUAGCUGUGUGGCUGGCAAGGGAAAGGCGGAUCCACACUUCCUGAAGACGUCCGACGAUUUUGGCGUCCAGGGAGUGGCUUGCGACUACUGUUUCAUGGGUGACGCAGUCGAGAGCGACAAGGCUACCGACAAGUGCUUGCCAAUCCUUGUCCACAAGUUCUACGGCGAUCGGUGGGUAUCGGCACGCGUGGUCCCACGCAAGGGCCCAGAAACGUACGCUGUGAAGGCCACGGUGGACGACGUGAUGCAGGCAGGCUUCGCCAAGUUUACGUACAAGAGCGACGGGGAGCCUGCGAUCAAGUCGCCCAAGCAGGAGGUGGUGAAGAAGCUACGGGAGGUUGCUGGCCCUGUGGACGUCAUCUUGGAAGGGAGCGGCACGUCCGAGUCACAGCAGAAUGCUGUUGUCGAGCGUGCUAUCUGGGAGGUCCAGAGCACGGCUCGCACCCUAGUGCACGCAUGCUUGGAACAUCAUCGCGCCCAGGUGCCGCUCAAGCACCCUCUGAGGAUCUAUGCCGUGGAGUACGCAGGGCAACUAUUGAACAGGUCCCAGCGUGCCGCCAAGGACAACAGGACCGCCUACGAGAUACGCAAGGGCAAGCCCUAUCGCCGGAAGCUGCCUCCAUUCGGGGAGGCCGUGAUGUACAUGCCGGUAUCAACGGUACGGCGGCGACGGAAGUUCGAGGACAGGUGGGAGACCGGCAUAUACUUGGGGCUGGUGGAGCGCAGCAACAUGUUGCUCGUAGGCACGCCCCGCGGCGUCUUCAAGGUGAACUGCGUGAAGCGGUUGCCGGCGAUCCAGUCCAGCGAUCCGGAGCUCUUGAAAUCCAUCGUGGGGGUCCCCUGGGACCCAGUACCGGGUCCGAGGUUCGACAGCGAGUCGAGGAAGCUCAUCGUAGACGGGGUGAGGCAGGAGCACCACCAGACAGACGACCAGGAGGAGCACAGGUUCUACGACCAGGUGAAGUCGCAGGAGAGGCAGCCAGGGAGCGCGCCGGAAGCGGGUAGCACCGCGCCGGCCGACGCUCCGAGCCAGCCGGAUUCGCCGGAAGCGGGUAGCACCGUGCCGGCUCGCAGUCCAGGCGAGGCUCAGGACCCCCUUCGAGCAGAAGCGGGUAGCACCGCACUGCGGAGAGGUGAGGUCAGAGCUGGGGACGACCCAGCAGGUGGUCCGCACGAUCGGGCUGCCAAGAGGGCGCGGCGCGAGGUCGCGGAGAUCGUGGGCGAGCUGAUGCACCUAGGGGCGAUCGGGUCGCGGCUGCAGGAGGCGAUCCGGCAGCCUAUCAAGGACGACGUCGACGUGAUCGAGUCGGAGGUGUUCUGCAGGAAGCGGUUCGCUGACCAGGCGUCCCGGUGGGGAGUGCACCCCGGGGUCGCACUAGAUCUGACUACGGGUUGGGAUCUUAAGAAUCAGACGCAUGUGGAGCAGGCGGAAGGCCUCCGGGGCACUCUCCGCCCAAAGCUGCUGAUUGGGCGUGCGCAUUUUCGAGACAGUCGCAACCUUUACCACAAGCAGUUGCAAGACGGUCACUAUUUCCUCCACGAGCGCGUGAACGGUGCCGCCCCUGGCCACGAGCAGGGGGGGAGGGAGGAAAAGGAAGAGAAUGAUGGUAGCCAUCUGCUGGGGCAUGAGAGCGCCCAGCAUGUGAAGGCCGGAAGGGCCGCAGAAUGGCUGACCAACUCCGGAUGCAUCGCCGAGGAACUCACGAAGCUCCAGGGCGGCGAUCGCGAGAAUGCCAUCAGCAGCAUAGUGACCAUGAGUCCCAUGGUGGCGAGUAAGCCGGCCAUAGUGGCGGCUGUGUUGAGAGGGCUGCGUAGACAGCUGCAGCAGGACGAUGCGGUCAGCAUCAACGCCCUGGAGCCGGGCAUUACCGGCCACGAAACCCAGGAGUGGGACGAAGACGGGCUCGAGCAGUUCUUCGACGAGCUGACGGGCGAACGGUUGAACUCCCGAGACGUCAGGGAAGCCAAAGUCAAGGAAAUCGAGUUCCUUCGUACUUUCCCUGUCUAUGAAAAGGUGCCAGAGGCGAUGGCCAAGGGCAAAGAGUUCAUCUCGACAAGGUGGACCAUAACCAACAAAGGGGACGUAAACGCACCAGACGUUCGAGCUAGAUUCGUCGGGCGUGAGUUCAAGUGGAAGUCGCCGGCGAUGGAGAACAGAUUUGUCGCGACUCCACCAUUGGAGUUGUUGAAGUACUUGUUGUCUUGGUUCCAGUCGCGCAGGAGGGGGCCAGCCAGAAGCCCAGGAGAGCGUAAGAUCUUAGUUUGGGACGUUUCUCGAGCGCAUUUUCAUCCGAAGUGCCGCCGGGAGCUGUACAUCCGGCUGCCAGAAGAGGACGCUCAGGCAGGCUUCGUGGGCAGGUUGUUGCGCACCCUGCACGGGACACGAGAUGCAGCAAACGCCUGGGACGAAUUCUUCAACGAAGCCAUCGUCAGGCGCGAGUACGAG